AUGGAGGAACGCAACAGAACGCUUUCAUGGGCCCGUCAAAUGUCGGAGAGAAACGCACGCCAGGACUUGGAGGCGAAGCGGAAGGCGGCAAUGAGACUGAAGGACAAGGGCGAAGCACCAAAGCCAGUCUAUACCUACCGGUCUCCCAAGCUCGUCCCCGGAGAUGUUGCCGAGCUCUUUGGUGCAGAAUCUAUCCAAAACCGCGCGGUCCUCCCGGGUGACUUCGUCGAGAUUCGCAAAGGUGGAGCUGCAAUCUGUGGAAUCUACACCCAAAGCUUUGAUCAGGCAGAGGACAGGCUACAAUCGACCAGUAUCGUACAGGGCGAUCAAGUACUAGGCCACAGGACUGCAGACGUCGUCUUUCGCAUUCCUGGAUAUAUUUUUCGAGACAACGUCAAAGCCAAGCUGGGACAUUGGGACAUCGCCGCCAACCCCACGACUCCGCCACAAGGCACUGGAAAGGUCGUAUCGGCUUUCGCGGAUCAGGCCAGCUUGCUGAUGGGUACCUUUUAUACCCGCUUCAACACCCUCUACGAUACCUUUUGGCAUGGCCGCAAGCAAACGAUGCUCACUACACCGGAGGCAGCUCGAUAUGUGUUUGGCAAAGAGGACAGCAACAGUAGCCCACUGACGCUACAGGAACUCUAUGCCACCCACGUCUUUCUCACUCAGGACAGCAGUUUGACGAGAUUUGUCCCAUCGGCUGCUGUUCGAUGGACAGGAGAGUUUACGAUCCGUCGGCCUCAGGAAGUUUUGCUGGCAGAGACAGUAAUUGAUUGGGUGCGAAAGGACGACCCUCGAGUGUUUCAGUUCAUACAAAAGGCCAAGGAGCUGGUGGAAGGCAGCCGGAGAGGCGACAGAUCUGGCUGGAAGGCGACGAAGUUCACAGACUCGGAUCGUACGCUGAUCGAGUUUGUGCGUCAGACGGCGAUCAGCGGGUACAGCGAUCUGUUUGGUGUGCCACAGCUGGCUUACCUUCCUCGCCUGCUGAGACCCUUGGGCAUAUAUGACGACAUUGAUCCCAGGACGGCGUUUGAGUUUUUGACGGAGAUUGGGGUGUGGCCAAGGUGGUAUAACAUGGAAAUCAACCGAUCGGCAAUUUCGCUCACCAGCGGAGGUGUGGAAGAGCAGGCCAUUAUUGCCAGGAUUCAAAGCCUACAUCCAGAAUCGCUGCAGCAAGACUUUGAUAAAGAUUUGGCACGCCUCCAGCAGGAAUCCUCAUCAACUAAUGCAACAACUCUCAAGGGUGCAGACGUUAGCAAAGGCGAGACCAACAGCAGGAGCCCAUUGGUGCUGGAAAGCCCUACGGAGAUGUACAAGCAUGAUCCAUGCGAUGCCAUUCGCCACGACUUUGGUCACCAGCCCAUUUACGCCAUUGACGACCCCUCGGCUUCGGAACUGGACGACGCAUUUUCGAUCGAACCCGUGCCAGUGACGACAUUGACGCCCGAGCCAUCCACUUGGGUUCAUGUCCAUGUUGCCGACCCAACAUCCAUCCUCCCUCCGCUCCAUGAGAUGGCGACACUUGCCAGCGAGAGGGUCCAGACGACGUACCUUCCUGAGGGCACUUGGCCAAUGCUUCCUCGCGCCUUAACAGAGGAAACGCUUAGUCUCAAGAACGACGGUCGGCCCAAAAAGGUCAUGACAUUCUCCGCACGACUUCAGGAUAGCAACGGUGGGAUUCUGGAAUACAAGGUUCGCCCAGGGAUCGUCAGGAAAGUUGUCACCCUCAACUAUGACGACGUGGACGAUGUCAUUGCCUGGGAUCGAGUUCAUGGCGGUCGUGCCGAGGGAAACCGCGUCCGUUCGUCCUUUAUGACCAUGCCGGAAGACCGUGCGCUGGAACGCACGUAUUACCGCUCCACCAAGGGUAGUGUUUCCACCGAUGACACUGCAUUGGUCAAGGAAUUGAACCAUCUUCAAUCGGUUGCUCAAAGACACACCGAUGCCCGACUCCGGAGAGGAGCUUUCAAUUUCUCUCUUGGACGACCCAUGAUCGAGCUCACCCCGUAUCCCGUGCCGCGUGUCGCUGAGGGAGACUGGCAAGGGCCAAUCGACUACUCGCACAGUCCUCUUUGGCAGGAGCCUCAGAUCACAGUUCGGCUCGACCCAGCCUUUGCAUCGCCUUCAAGAUUGAUGGUAGCAGAGUACAUGAUCAUGGCGGGACGUGUCGCAUCGAUGUUUGCGCAGGAGAAAGGACUGCCGACCCUUUUCAGGAACCAACCUGCACCCGCGGAAAAGUACCGGGAGGCCUUUGAGGAGACGAUCCGCACCAAGACUAACCCUCGAACAGGCAUCCUGAACAUGGUCGAUAUGCUCCCCUUGCGGCCAUACAUUGCUGGUGCGGAAAUCUCGACGAAUCCCUUGGGCCAUUGGUCGAUGGGUAUUCACGACGGCUACUGCAAGGUGACCUCUCCUCUGCGGCGAUACUCGGAUAUGAUUGCCCAUUGGCAGAUGAAGGGUGCUCUCCUUAACAAACAUGCGUCAUCGUCGACCUCCGCUAUCGUCACGACUCCUCCUAUCUUCAGUCUCGAUACGUUGUCACCACUUGCAGGAGUGAUCAGAGAUCGGGAGCGCAUGCUGGGUAUGCUGGAAGCCCGGUCGGUGAAGUACUGGCUCUUUGAGAUGCUGCGUCGCCGGAUCGAUGGUGGCAUGUCCACAGUAUUCGACGGGAUCAUCCUCAAUCCUACCGCAGACGGAUACAACGUGAUCUCAACUCUAUUGGGCUUUCAGACGGUGGUGAAAGCUGAGCCUGGCGUUAUGGGGGCGAGCAAGAUUGGCGACCGUGUCAUCUUUGAGGUGGAUAAUUGCAACCCUCAGCGGCCCUACAUUGGAGGUCGUCAUUUGUCUAUGGCAUAG